ACCACCUUCUCUUGUUCUGUCUAGAUGGAUGACACUGGAAUGUUUCGGGUAAUAAAUAUAGAUCCAGAAAGGAACUAUAUACCAUUUUUACAACCAUUUCAUCUCUGCACACUGUGUUAUGACAAGUGUAACCCAGAUGCCUCCUGUAUGCUUCCUGAACCCUCUCCACCACAGAUCUAUGUGGAUGCUGCUUUCAUUUUGGAUAGCUCCUGGAAAACGAGCAGUGAUGAAUUUGAGAAAGUGAAAGUCUUCCUCAGCAAAGCACUUGAUGCCUUUGUCAUUUCCUCUUACCCAAUUGUUUCUGCUACAGGUGAUAGAGUAGCUAUGGUGAGCCAUGCUCCACCAGGUUUCAAACCCAGGACAGGCAAGAGCCCAGUAAAGAAGGAGUUUAGCUUAGUCACCCACAGCAGUAAAUUCUUAAUGCAGAAUUAUAUAAAAAAUUCUCUUCAACAGCUGAAUGGAGAAGCUGCUCUUGGGCAUACCAUUGAGUGGGUAAUGGAAAAUAUUUUCUUAGAGGCUCCAAACCCAAGACCAAACAAAGUCAUCAUUGUUAUAUCUGCUGGAGAAACAAGUUCAUGGGACAAGGAAAUAUUAAAGGAAGCAUUGCUGACAGCCAAGUGCCAAGGAUAUGCUCUGUUUGUAAUUUCUUUGGGGCCAUUGUGUAAUGACAAAGAACUGGAAGAGCUUGCUAGCAUUCCCUUAGAACAGCAUUUGGUUCAGCUUGGCAGAAUGCAUAAGCCCGAUCUUGGAUACAUAGAGAGAUUUAUGAAAGCAUUUGUACAUCUCUUCCGGAGUUCCAUUAACAGGUAUCCACCAGCAGAGCUUAGGACACGUUGCGAGACAGCCAGUUUUCCAAGACCAACCCUUUUUGGCACCCACACCGAAGGCUCAGCAGAAGAGUAUGCCUCAGAUGCAUAUCUUGCAGCUGUAGGACAUUUAUUCAGCAUGUUACAGGCUGACCUCCAUGACGACUUUCUAGAUACUGAUUUUAUCAGCACUGCAUAUGAGGAUUCAGCAACCGGAAACGAAACGGAACAUGUGGCUAUAACAAAUAGCAGUAAUGAAGACUUAUCCUGUAUAUGAU